AGCGCUGUACAGGAUUUCAGAUCUGUGAGACUGCUACAGCGCAGCAAUGGGACUACAGCACACCCUGGCUUUGUAAAAAUAAAUACGUGUAAUACUACUACAACUAUUACUGCUACUGCUAAUAAUAGGCUAAUGCCGAUUCUAAAAUACAUUUAAUACACUGAAUAGUCACGUGGGAGCUCUGAUGUGAAGAACUGUAACGUUGAAAACCCAAAUAUUAUAUUUUUGUUAUUUUUUUCUACGCCGGCGGAUGCAAGAAUGAACAGUCAGACGCGAUAUUGCACUGCAUGUUGGAAAUUUACACUGCUGCCCAUCGUUUUCAUUCUGCACUUGAUUCCUUUGUGUGUGCAUGGAGACUUAUUGGAAGGCAACACGACCCUAACUGAUAACAAAAACAAUGAUACAUCACUCUGCUUGGGAUGUAGAAAUAGUUCCAGCUCUGGAGCCAAGGCUGAAGAUCCUUUGUCUGGGGAUCACAAAGAAGGGGGCUCAGAGGCCUCCGCUGGCUCAAGUUGGCCGACUGCCGGAGAGGCCUUUGUCUGGGGCUUAUUGGGCACAAAGGAGCUGGAGGAGACCUCCAUCCCUCUUCCCCGAGAAAGCCAGGAAGAGCUGGGUAGUGGCGACCAGCUCUUCAAACCCUCAGCCAGCACUUCUUUUGGGGCGAGCUCCACCACUGCCCCCUUAAGGCAAGAUGCCACCACCACAGGUGUGAUGAGCAGCACUGAGAUCAGCCAAGACUCAGCGGAGAAGGAACACUUGAUUGAAGUGUUCGGGGACUUCGUCGGCACUGGAGCCGAGACUAGCAAAAACAGUGAAAUCCAGAGCCUGCCGACCCCUAACACUAAUGAGAUCCAUCUGGAUUUCAAAGGAGAUGAGCAGGUGAUGCUCUGGGGUGGCCACACAGACUCCCCUGCACAAGGAGCUGAGGGGGACCUGGAUUUCACUUUGUUGGACCUGGACAUGAAGCUUAGAGCCCAGCCAGCCACCACUCCUACCACAGACACUUUGGCAACCCCAGAUAUUCUCAGUUUGGACUACUACGACCCUUUCGCGCAUUUGGACCCGGCAAACACUCCAUUGCCCAAGACAUCCUCUGUGUCAUCAGCCCGUGAAGUGCUUGGUGUGCCCACUUCCUGGACCCUCCCUAAAGUCUAUGACACUUUCACUUCCUAUGAGGAUUCCUACCCCUUCACCACAGAGGUGUACCCUGAAGAGGACGAGUACACCAAAUCCGACCUGGAGAACGAGAAUGACUACCGGCUCACCACUGUGCCUUCUGACCUGUGGAUCCUGCUCCAGGAAAGAGGAACGCUGUCCACCCAGCCUGGCCUGGCCCCCCGUUCUGAGUCUGUUGUCACGGAGGAUGUGCGGCCCAGUGGCUCCGACGAAGACGAGGCAGGCCAGGCUGUCACACAGUUGCUUUCUGGGCAGGACUCCGACGUCAACAACAACAACAGCUCGGCGUGCCGGAUGGGAUACGUCAAGCACAACUUCACAUGCAAACCCGUCUGUGACAUGUUCUCCAGCUACUGCUUGAAUGGAGGCCAGUGCUACCUGGUGGAGAAUACAGGAGUCUUCUGCAGGUGUAACACGCAGAACUAUAUCUGGCACAAAGGGGCUCGCUGCGAGUCUGUGAUCACGGAGUUCCAGGUGAUGUGCAUCACGAUUGGAGCUGCUGCUGUCAUGGUGCUGCUGCUCUUCAUGAUCACUGUCUUCUUUGCCAAGAAGCUGCACCUGCUCAAGACGGAGAACUGCAAACUACGCAAGCGCUCUAAGUACCGUCCUCCCUUGGAGCAGCACAAUGAUAAUUUCUCACUGUCGACCAUCGCUGAGGGCUCCCACCCAAAUGUAAGGAAACUUUGCGGCACCCCACCUAACCUCCCUCAGGCCCGUGCUUUGGCUUACUAUGAUAACAUUAUCUGUCAGAAAACCAUCAGCAGAUACACCUGGGAAUGUAAAAGCACAGAGGAACCCGGGUGCCAGGACGACCCGAACGCACAGAAAAAAUUGGAGGACCCACUGAGUGUGUCUCCCAAGGAGGACCGUGCCGCACUUAACAUCCAGAACGCCUUGACUCCCAAACACGAGAACAACAAGGCAGCUGAAUGCGAGGAGAACUCCGAGGUAAACUCGCUUCAGAACAACAUGAUAUAAAUGCAGUGCAGUGACGGCACACAAACUGCAGCAGCACAAACUUUUUACAACGGUACAAACUCUUCUUUUUAUGUUUCACCCCCCCUCCUCUUCCCCCUUCCCUCCUUCUCCUCCCCCUCUCCCCUAGCCUUACUGAUUUAAUGGCAUGCAUUGGUGUACUUUAUAUACAUUUUUAAAAAAAAAAGAAUGCAGAGGUUUGAUGUUUGUUUGACUAAUUCAGUGAGUAUGUAUAAAAAUAUACAGUAUAUAUGAAAAAAGCUCGGAGUGAGAAAAAAAAAAAGUGUCUUUGUUUUUAUUGAUGUGAUUUCUAAUCCUUUGAUGUUUUUUUGUACUUUUUUGGGAAUACAGAAACAAACGGACAAAAAAAUCAAGGCAGUUAUGAAA